ACUGUGUCACCAUAUGGUAUAUCUAAUUUCACCCAUCCAUUUGUGUCCCCACAAAGCAUAAUUUUUCUUAUUCAUACAUUAAGCAUAUCAAUUCUCAAGUCCAACCCCAUCAAUCAAAUAUUUGUGUGUAUAUAUAUGUACGAGUCCUACAAGAGCUUUUCCACUAGUCUCAAACUAGCUUUACCAUAAUUAGAACUAGUAGUACUAGCCCACUUGUCUUAAAAGCCAAACAUCUGCAAAAAUAAUUUUAAGCUAAAAUUUUUGCAAAGAUAAAGCCUUAUACUACUAGUAUAUGCGACGAAUGCUAUAAGCUAGUGAGAAAAAAAUGGAAGCCGUUAAGCUGGUAUCAAGCGAUCCGAUUGAAACAAGGGACGCUUACAGAGUUGCUUACAUAAUUCAUUUCUUGCUUGGAGCUGGAAACUUGCUUCCUUGGAAUGCAUUUAUAACAGCAGUUGAUUAUUUUGCCUAUUUAUAUCCAAAUAACCACAUUGAAAAGGUUUUCUCAGUGGCUUAUAUGGUUUCAUCUGUGUUUGUUCUUCUUGUGAUGAUGAGUUGGGGAGGUUGGAGUAAAACAACACUAAGGUUGAGAAUGAACUUAGGAUUCUCUAUGUUUGUUAUGUCUCUAAUGGUAGCUCCUGUCAUCGAUUGGGCUUCAAGUAACACCAAAGAGAGACCAAGUGGUGCUUAUGGCAUGACAGUGGCAGCUGUUGUAAUAUGUGGUUUAGCAGAUGGGUUGGUUGGUGGAAGUUUGAUUGGAUCAGCAGGAAAACUACCAAAACAGUAUAUGCAAGCUGUUUUUGCUGGAACUGCUUCUUCAGGUAUAAUAAUUUCAAUAUUGAGGAUAAUAACCAAAGCAUCACUACCUCAAACCCCAAAGGGUCUCAAAAUAAGUGCUCACUUGUACUUCAUGGUAGCCAUAGCUUUCCUCCUAUGUUGCAUUAUCUUUAGUAACUUGCAGCACAAGUUACCAAUCAUGCAGCAGUAUCAUCAAAGUCUACUUCAGGAUAAUACCUUAUGCUCAAGGACAAAAUUCUGUGCAGUGGCAGGGAAAAUUAAAGGUCCAGCUUUUGGAAUCUUCAUAAUCUAUAUAGUAACAUUGUCUAUUUUCCCUGGAUUUAUAGCCGAAGAUGUCGAAUCUGCGAUUCUGAAGGAUUGGUAUCCUAUUAUACUGAUAACAGUUUAUAAUUUAGCUGAUUUGAUGGGGAAAUCAUUAACUGCUUUCUAUGUUCCUCAAUAUAUCAAAAGUUCUAUAUGCGCUGCCACAGCAAGACUAUUAUUCUAUCCACUUUUUAUAGUUUGUCUUCAUGGACCCAAUUGGUUGAAAACAGAAUUGCCAAUGGUGGUUCUGACAUUUCUGUUGGGAUUUACCAAUGGAUACCUUACAAGUGUUCUUAUGAUUCUAGCUCCUAAGUCAGUGCCUUUUUCUGAAUCAGAGUUGUCUGCUAUUGUGAUGACCGCGUUCCUCGGAUUUGGCUUGGUUGGUGGUUCUGUUCUUGGUUGGUUCUGGAUAUUGUGAAGGUCUUUUUAGUUUUAUAUUAGUUGUCUAAUGUUUUGAGUGCUAAAUCAUGUGAAAUAUGGACACUGUUGUUAGGAAAUUUCUAGAUAUAUAAAAUGUAAUGUAAUGUAAUGAAUCUGUAAACUGGGAAUGAAAUUUAAGAUCUGGUAGAAUUUUAAGAG